ACAGCAACAUGGAAAAUUACAGAAUGUGACCGAAAGAUAUAAAAUUCUUGCGGCUUAACCCAAUAAACAGUCUCCUCGUCCGCCUUGAGACUCGCCUAGGCCUGCGUUCUUCCAUUGCGAGUGCCCGUCUCCCCACCGCGCUGGACGCGUGGACGGCAACGCUGGGAGCCCCACGUGGAACAACCCGAUCACCUUGGAUCUCCCCCGGAGGUUCGAACAGUGCUUGGCACAGAGCUCCUCCAGGACUCCUCCGGCUCCCAGAUUUAGAUCUGAUCCUGGGCUGGGCUCGGUCGCUUGGAGAUUAGCCCUUAAGAACAGGAGGAACAGGAUCAGCCCAGGGAAAGGAGCAGGACGAACCGGAGGAGCGGCCACCGCCGGAGCGAGGACGGAGGAGCAGAGAUGAUCGGCACCCUCGGCUUGGUGGCCAUCCUGGCUUUGCUUCUGUACAAGGCAGCUCCCUACGGCAGGAAGUAUUUUGCAGGAGGAGUGUGUAGGUCGACGGCGCGGCUGCACGGGAAGGUGGUCGUGAUCACGGGAGCCAACACCGGCAUCGGGAAGGAGACGGCCAAAGACCUGGCUCGGAGAGGAGCCCGGGUGAUCAUCGCCUGCCGGGACGUGCUGAAGGGCGAGUCGGCGGCCAGCGAGAUCCGAGCCGGGACGGGGAACCAGCAGGUGCUGGUGCGGCGGCUGGACCUGGCCGACACCAAGUCCAUCCGGGCCUUCGCUGACCGUUUCCUGGCCGAGGAGAAGCAGCUCCACAUCCUGAUCAACAACGCGGGAGUGAUGAUGUGCCCCUACUCCAAGACCGCCGAUGGCUUUGAGAUGCACCUGGGAGUCAACCAUCUGGGCCACUUCCUCCUGACCCACCUGCUGCUGGGUCGCCUGAAGGAGUCAGCCCCGGCCCGGGUGGUGAACGUGUCUUCCCUGGCCCACAUACUGGGCAAAAUCCGCUUCCACGACCUGCAGGGAGAGAAGCGCUACAGCGGCAACCUGGCUUACUGCCACAGCAAGCUGGCCAACAUCCUCUUCACCCGCGAGCUGGCCCGGAGGCUUCAAGGCACCGGAGUCACCACUUACGCGCUUCACCCGGGCCUGGUCCAUUCCGAGCUGGUCCGGCAUUCGCUUCUCAUGUGCCUGGUCUGGAGACUCUUCUCCUUCUUCGUCAAGUCAUCCCAAGAGGGAGCCCAGACCAGCCUGCACUGUGCCGUGGCCGAGGACUUGGAAUCCCUGAGCGGAAAAUACUUCAGUGACUGCAAACGGGCCCCCGUGUCAGCUCGGGGUCGGAACGACGCCACGGCCCGGCGCCUCUGGGAGGUCAGCUGCGAGCUUCUGGGAAUUCAGUGGGAGUAGCGGCCGGAGGAGGAGCGGAUCCCGCCGGCCCGAGCCCACCGGGGUCAAAGGAGACGGCGGCGGGACGCUGAAGGCCGGGCUGGAGCUGCUGGUCUGCCUCCCCAAGCCAACCCUCCCUCUCUGAAACACCCGGGAUCCCGGAUCCCGUCUCCUCCCUCCUUCCCAGUUCUCCGGCGUUCAGGGAUGCUACUGAGGUGAGCACGUCCCGGCCCGAUUUCUUCCCGAAUUUCGGGGAACUCCUCGUUCCGGUACGGGCCUCUCCGAGGGAUGGUCACGGCGGGGCCGCGUGGAACGUCCGUCCACCGUCGUCUCCCACUCCCAUCGCCGGUGGCUCCCGCCAACCGAGGGUGGCUUCCAGGAGCGACAAAAGGCAACCACCCUGGCCACCGGCCAGGAGAUCGGAGCCUGUUGGGCUGAGGUAGGGGCCAAUCCCAGCUUUAAAGUCACUGCCCGCUGGGAUCCUUCCAGAAUCAGAGCCACAGUUCGACUGCUUCCUCUGAGCAGCGAGGAGGAGUCGCCGCGGUGAAGACGGACUUCCUUGCUUUCCUAAACCACGAAAUCCGCAGGGGGAAGAAAAUAAAGGCCGAAUGGGAACUUUU